UCUAUUUCCUCAUCCUCUUUCUCUUCCGGCAAUUCGAGUCCUUUUAUAUUCAAUUCAGUAACUGCAUAAUCGUGAUGGAUCUUGAUCUCAGAAAGUUUGGAAGAGGACCUAGAGAACUUGGUGGUUCAGUUGAUCUUUUAGACCAUUGUAAACUUAGGAAACAUCUUUAUUUUUUCUGCAAGAGGUCACUGCCACUCUCUCUAUGUGAGACGCAAUACCUCAGGAAUGUGGUGGGGGACACAGAAAUAAGGAAAGGUGAAGGAAUGGAGCUCGAUCAGCUGUCCCAAAAUUCCUCCUGUGUGGGGAAGAGACAUGUACAGUUGCGUCCUUUUGGCUUGGAUCUUCUUACAGAUGCUUUUCAGCUAAGAGAAGCAACAUCCACCGAUCUGCCAUUGGCAGAACUUGGGUUCCCUACAGGUGCAUCUAAAUUGAAGAAUGGAAGCAAGGAAAAGAAGAAGCAUAAAAACCACAAACACAUAGAUAGGUCGAGGAAGCAGGAUCCUAGCAGUUGCAUUGCUAAGGAACCUAAAUCAAGCAGGGUUAACAAUAAGGAGAAAAAUGGGAGCAAGAUACAGAAUUAUGGUCCAGAUUUGUUUCUGACACAGCAAGUAAAGAAGUCAAGAACUGAUGGCAAUGGAGUUCUUUCUGGUAUCCAAACAUUCCAGAAAAAUGAGCUAAAUAAGGCGUUCAGACGUUCAUGAGUGUACAGGGUGUCAUUGACACCACAAAUCCGGUUACGAGUGUAGUAGCAAAGCACAUUCAAAUUUUCCGCAUUAAAAUUCAUUGGGUAUAACAGGUAUACCAUGUCUGAGUCAGCUUUCAAUUGGUUUUAAUGGUUCCUAAGAGAUAUUAAGAGGUUCUGAUUGGAUAAUUAUAUGUAACGUCCACUUCCAACUUUCUAGGGAAUAGUAGCCCUGUUGGUAUUUUGGAUCAAGAUAAUUCAGAUUUGUAAAUUAGGAAAAUAUUGAAGGUGAAAAUUUUAUGUUGCAGUUGAUAAUCA